AUGAAAAUUCAUUCAUUUAGAGAAAUAACGAUUUAAUUGGAUUAAUAUUAUGAAGAUGACUUAUAGAAAUUUAAAAGAUUAAACAUUUAGAAAGUAAAUGAUGAUGGACUACUUAAGAGGGAGGGAAAAUUAUUGAAGGAAUGGAAUAAUUAUAAAUAAAAGAAUUUAAAUUAUAUUAUCAGUGCUGUUAUUUAAUCAGAAACUCUCAAGAUUUGUUUAUGUGAAUUUAAAAAAAAAAGAUGGACAACAAUGGAAUUUUGGAUUAAGAUUGCAUAUGAUUUAAUAAAUGAUAAGACAUAUGGUAGAGUUAUUAGAGACAAGCUUUUUGGAUAAUUUUAUAUGAAUCAAAAUGAUUUAAUCUCUCAAUUAAUAAAAAGAUAAUGGCCAAAAAGAUGGCAAAAUAUUAAAGAUGAUUCUUGUUUAAAUUUAGAGAUUAUAUAAUUAUAUUUAGAAUAUUUACCCAUUCGAUUAUUUUUAUAAGAAAAUAUUAAUGAGUAGACAAAUAUAAUAGUUGAUAUUAGAAGAAUGCCUUAUCUUUAAGAAAAUUACAUUUUUAGAUUUUCAAUAAAAUAAGAUCUAUUUUUUCCAAGUGUUAAAUUUAGUGGAUGUUAGAUGUUAUAAUAAUUAAUUAAUGCAGGAAACAAUUUCUGUCAAUCAUAUAUUUAGUUUAUUAAAUGCUUAACACCUUUAUUAAUUCCAAUACUUAAUCUAAUGAUCUGUAAUAAAUCUACAGGAAGGACAAUUAAUAUAUAUGGUUAAUAAAGUAAAUUUAUAUUUGAUCUUUUGAUAUCCUUAAAAACUAUUGGAUCUAAUACAAUUGAAUGUACUAGAAAUUCAACGAGAUUUAAAAAAAGAUAUGAUUAAUAGCAAAAAUAUAAAUUAAAGAAUCAAAUGAGUGAGAUUAUUAUUACUUUUAUGGAAUAAUAUCAUCUAAAUAUAGAUACCAUUAAUGAUAUUAAAGAUAACUUUUAACAUGGAUAUAUGGCUAUCAUAGAUGAAACACUUAAAAAAGAUGAAGGUUAAUUAAAAAGACUUAUAAUAAUUUGUAGUCAUAAAAAAUUAAAUUUUGGUAAUCUUGAUCACAAAAUAAUUUUUCAUUAAUCACCAGGAUAAGAAAUUGAAUAAAUUUUAUUAAGAUGCGACUAUGAAUUCCUAAUAUUUUAUACAAAUAUGCUUUUUAAUUAUCCUGAAUUGGAAAAUAAAAUUGAUAAUCUUAGAUAGAGAAAUGCUUAAAUAAUGAUUUGUUUGUGGAGUUAUUUAUUAGCUUAAUUUUUUUUAAAUAAUCAAGAGAUAUUAGAAGUAUAGAAUGAAAAUUCUCAAAUAGAAGAAGAUUAAUCUAAAGAGAAAAAUGUAGAACCAUAAAUUUUACUUUCUGAUUAGAAGGAAUAAAUACCACUAUUAGAUUAUUAAAUAAAUUAAGUUUAAGUUCAAAAUAAAUAUUAGGAAUAAUUAUAAUGA